AUGCCUGGCAUUACUCAACACCCCAUGUUCCAAUGGUAUUACAAAAAGUCCAAGUUUGAGAUGAAGUUGCCAGAUCUGAAACGAGGAGCAAGUUGGACAUUAAUGGCAACCUUGGAACUGACUCUUCAUGAAUCGCAGCCCGAUGGCCUUUAUGUGAUAUAUGACCAGGAGCGCUAUUGUCGCGCUCCAGCUUGCACAAAUUCACCCUCAAUGCAACUACAGGCCGUCCAAGUCAUGACACCCAGAACGUUGCAAUUGUUUGAGACAUGCACUGAAGAGACGGGCGUCGAUCCGCAUGUCCAGAAACGAGGGCAAGUCAUUGAAGCAUUGAAUUUGGCAGUGUGA